AUGGAUUCCGAUUCCCGGUCCGCGGGCCCCGAUGACCAGGGCCUCCGUCGAGCUUACGCCAUCCACCUCGCCUUUCUUUGUCCCCUCCCUAAGUUCUCUACCUCACUUCAUAUCCCUCACUCUCAGAUCAAUUCAUUGUCUUGUGUUCACCAACACGGCUCCCUGAUACCACUGGGCUCGCGAAAUCUGACGGAGCAAAAAGCCAAUGUUGAUAUUGCCAUAACUAGCGAGAAAAAGAUUGAUCUCAUCGAGGAACGACUUUCGAAUAUCGAGGAGCUCCUGCGGAGCCUCAGCAACAACCCUCCUGGUGUAGGUGGUCAUUCAUGGGAUGCCACUAGGGCCAGACAUACGACGCCCUCAGCCUCGACCAUCGGGGAUGCUUCUGUCCUAUCCCAUGACGGUGCAGAUUCGGAUUCGGCUUUCGAGGGCGACCUCUCUCUGACUGCCCACACCAUGUUUGCCAGCGACUUUAUCGAAAACGCCGUGCAGAGGACAUCGCUCCAGGACGUGGCGCCCAACAUGCAAGUUGCGCUCUCUUCCCUCCGGCAUAUCGUCGCUAUGCAGAGCAAGGCCUCUUCCAAUCGAGAUUUUCGGUUCCGUACGCAUCAGCCGCUUCCUCCAGGAGGUCUACCUGAAUUGCCCAUGCCGCCGAUGAACGCCGUCGUUGCUUUGCUCAAGCAUAUGAAAGUUUCUCCCCCUAGCAUAUUCUCACUCGCAUGCUCUUUCCUCGAUGUUGAUGACCUGGCCGAGCUCUGCCGGAGAGUGUACUUCUGCACCGACAACUUUGCUGAUACCACCUUCAUCAUAGUGAAUGGGGCGCUCUUCUACUUGUUCAUGGAACAAGCAUACCUAGCAUCGGAUGCGACCGCGCGCGAAGAGUUUGAGAGGUACCAACAUAUGUGCCAGAGCAAUCUAGAAAUGGCGCUAGCUUCCUUGCCUUUGAUGCUCCCUGCAAAGGUCGAAAGCAUAGAAGCCUUGCUCCUGGCGGCCGUUUAUGCUGUGGAUGUAUCUAAAGCGUCGCUCGCGUGGCUUUUCACAUCCACUGCUGCAAGCUUGUGUCAGACGCUUGGUUACCACCGCGUAUCGCAAGUGAGGAGCGAGAGUGCCGGACCUAGAGACAUCAAGACCCUCUUGUUCUGGCAUGUGUACAUGCUCGACAAAACAUUGUCUCUGAGAACGGGGAGAGCAUCGGUCAUCCAGGACUGGGACGUCACCUUGCCGCGGCGGGUCGACAACACCAUGGUUGCGGAUCCAUGGGGUCUCAUCAUAACAACGUGGAUCAAGCAGGCUGAGAUCCAACACCGCGUUUAUGAACAAUUAUACAGUCCACUUGCUCUGGGCCAGUCGCAAGAAGAGCGCAUCGAGACCGUGCGUCGCCUGGAAAAUGAACAAAAGACGAUCAUGGCCGCUGCGUCGCAUGUGCGGGAGCAGGCUCUCUUCGGUCUCAAGGCCCUCAACGCAUCGUCUAUCUUGGACAUACACCUGCGAGGCGACGAACUGACAUUUCAGUCCACGUUGACUCUCAUCUACAGGGCGUUGCCAGCGCCCGAAGGUUCGCCAACACGGUUUUCUCAGGAAUGUAUAGACACGGCACGAUUUGCCAUGCAGCUACACCUUGAAUGCAUGCAGAGAAUUGCCGAGGAAGGGCGGCAUCUUAAAGCAGUCUAUAUUCACUGGGCAAUUCUCCUCACGCCUUUCACGCCCUUCUUCGUCCUUUUCUGUCACGUCAUUGACACUUCCAACGCUGGCGACCUCAAGAAGCUUAAUGAGUUCGUCGCUUCACUUCGACCCGCAUGCGCCAUGUCGGAGCCUGUAGAGAAGCUUCACCAGCUCUGUUCAAUGCUCUGUAACGUGGCGACUCUAUACGUGGAGAGCAGAUCCCAGCAAUCAAAUGAACGCGGCCCCAUCAACGACGAAUUCGAUGUCUACCUGAGCGCGUUGGGAUUCCCGCCCACGGUGUAUCCUGCUCAGGGCAUGGAUACUAGCGAUAUGUCGCAGCCUACCCUUCAAACUGCUCAACUGGGCAACUGGUUUUCGGGUAGCCAGUACAUGAUGGGAUUGCUUGAAGAAGACCUAACCCAGUUCAACUAG